UUACGUUGGAAACCGGAAGCGGAAGUGUGUGGCCUGUGAAUUCUAGCAGGAUGCGCGGAUCCCGCUGAGGGAUUUUCCUUUAUUUAAUAUCCUCCUCAACCCCGCUGAGAAAAAAAUAGCUAUCUGAAAUAGACAUCUGCCAUGUCUGAAACAUACGAUUUCCUGUUCAAGUUCCUUGUUAUCGGGAAUGCGGGAACUGGAAAAUCAUGUCUCCUUCACCAGUUCAUAGAGAAUAAUUUCAAAGAUGACUCAAAUCAUACAAUUGGGGUGGAGUUUGGCUCUAAGAUCAUCAAUGUGGUCAACAAAUUUGUCAAACUCCAGAUUUGGGACACAGCCGGACAGGAACGAUUUAGAUCUGUAACAAGAAGCUAUUACAGAGGGGCGGCAGGGGCUCUCCUUGUCUAUGACAUCACUAGUCGGGAGACAUAUAAUGCUCUGACCAACUGGCUGACAGAUGCCAGGAUGUUAGCCAGUCAGAACAUUGUUAUAAUACUGUGUGGCAAUAAGAAGGACUUGGAUGCUGAUCGGGAGGUCACCUUUCUGGAGGCGUCUCGCUUUGCUCAGGAAAAUGAGCUCAUGUUUUUAGAGACCAGUGCUUUAACUGGGGAAAACGUGGAAGAGGCCUUUGUCCAGUGUGCACGGAAAAUCCUCAACAAAAUAGAAUCAGGUGAGCUGGAUCCAGAGAGGAUGGGUUCAGGCAUUCAGUAUGGUGAUGCAGCGCUACGACAGCUACGUUCUCCGAGACGAGCUCAGGCUGAGAGCGUGCAGGAGUGUAGUUGUUAGAGGAAAACAACCAG